AUGUUCGGAAUACCAGGUACGGGUCUACCCCAGCAGCAGGGACAACAGCAGACGUUCCUGCAGCACCAGCAGCAAGAGGAAAGCAAGAUCUAUGCAUUGGUGAUCGACCUCAUGGAUGUUAAUAACCGAGAGGCGGCGCUCCUCGAAUUAAGCAAGAAAAGAGAACAGUAUGAUGAUCUUGCGCUUGUCCUUUGGCAUUCAUUUGGCAUCAUGUCCGCUUUGUUGCAAGAGAUCGUCUCUGUUUAUCCGCUUCUUUGUCCACCAAACCUUACUGCGCACGUCUCGAACCGGGUAUGCAAUGCGCUCGCCCUCCUCCAAUGUGUUGCCUCGCACUCGGAGACACGUCAGCUUUUCCUGAGCGCUCACAUUCCGCUCUUCCUCUAUCCGUUCCUGAACACGACCUCCAAAACGCGACCAUUUGAAUAUCUACGACUUACAUCACUCGGGGUCAUUGGCGCGCUAGUUAAGCAGAAUGACAACGCUGCCGUUAUCCACUUCCUACUUUCUACGGAAAUUAUCCCGCUUUGCCUUCGUAUUAUGGAAACAGGCAGCGAGCUUUCCAAGACCGUCGCGAUUUUCAUUGUACAGAAAAUCCUUCUCGACGAAACUGGAUUAACGUACAUCUGCCACACUUAUGAACGUUUCUUCGCCGUCGUUACCGUGUUGAGUAACAUGGUUUCACAACUUGUUGAGACCCAGGCUGUCCGUUUACUCAAACACGUCGUGCGCUGUUACUUGCGUCUUAGUGAUAAUCCGAAGGCUCGCGAGGCGCUGCGAACUUGUCUCCCAGAACCAUUACGUGACCAGACGUUCAAUGCACUCCUGAAAGGUGACCAGGUCACGAAACGAUGCCUUUCUACGCUGCAGAACAAUCUAUGUGACACAAACUGA